AAGAGGAACUGUUCACUGGCUGUUGUUGAGAGGAGAAAAUGGCUCAGAGAGGAGCUCAGCAGAAUCUACUAAAGUUCUCUUGUUCCAUCUGUUUGGAUCUACUAAAGGAUCCAAUAACGGUUCCCUGUGGACACAAUUACUGCAGCAACUGUAUCAACAGACACUGGGAAGAAGAGAAGAGCAAGAGAACCUACAGCUGCCCCCUGUGCAGGAUGGAGUUCUAUCCAAAGCCAAACCUGAGGACUAACAACCUGUUGGCAGAGUUAGUGGAGGAUAAGAAGACUGAACUCCAAGCUGCUGCAGCGGAAAGGAUUCAGAAGCAGAAGGAGCUGGAGAGGAAUCGACUAAACAUCCAGCAGAGAAUCCAGGAGCGAGAGAACGAGGUGAAGUUGCUUCAGCAGCAGGUGGAGGCCAUCAAUGUCUCUGCUGAUGAAGCUGCGAAGAACAGCGAGGAGAGCUUCACCCAGGUGAUCCGUCUCAUCCAGAAAAAAAGCUGUGAGGUGAAACAGCUGCUCAGAAUCCAGCAGCAAACUGCAGUGAGUAGACUAAAAGAGCUUAAGGUGAAGCUGGAGCAGGAGAUCACUGAGCUGAAGAGGAAAGACGUCCAGCUGGAGCAGCUGGCUCACACAGAGGACCACACCCAGUUUCUGCUCAGCUACCCCUCAGUGUCAGCACUCAGUGAGCCCACACACUCCUCCAGCAUCCAGACUUCUCUCCUCAGAUACUUUGAGGAUGUGGCAGUGGCUGUGUCAGAGAGUAUAGAAGCAAUACAGGAAAUCCUGAGAGACACAGAGAUAAACAUGUCACUGAGAGCCACUGAAGAGGAGCUUUUACUGCCACCACCAUCAUCACCACUACACCCAACAGCGCUAUUCAGGCAGUCACUGCAGCCACGGCAAUCUCGACUGUUCCGGCGAUCGGUGCUGCUCCGGCGAUCGAUGCAGCUCCGACCACAACCACAGCCAGAGACCAGAGCAGACCUCUUACAAUAUUCACAGCAGAUCACGCUGGAUCCAAACUCUGCUCACAGGUGGCUGUUGUUAUCUGACGGGAACAGAAAAGUAACUUCUACAUCAGAAAAAAAUUCCUAUGCUGAUCAUCCGGACAGAUUCACUGAAGAUGUUCAGGUUCUGAGCAGAGAGAGUCUGACUGGACGUUGUUACUGGGAGAUGAAGCGGAGAGGAAAAGUUGUAAUAGCCGUCACAUACAAGAACAUCAGCAGAGCAGGGAACACCAACGAAUGCGUAUUUGGAUUAAAUGACAAUUCUUGGGCUUUACGUUGUUAUGCAAGUGGUUUUAAAUUUCUGCACAACAACACACCCACUCCCAUCUCAGGUCCUCGGUCCUCCAGAAUCGGAGUGUACCUGGAUCACACAGCAGGAAUUCUGUCUUUCUACAGCGUCUCUGGAACCAUGACUCUCCUCCACAGAGUCCAGACCACCUUCACUCAGCCGCUACAUGCUGGAGUUAACCUAUAUCCUGGUGAAGGAGCCUCUGCAGAGUUCUUGAACCUUCAGUAAAGGACUUCCAUUCCAGGGAUUUUUAACCAAGAUUUAGGACUUUUUACGUGUUUGCAUUGCCAAAUCUUUCAUUUUUGAUGAUUUUUUUCUGACACUUCGUCCUUCACAGUGAACAUUCGUGGAUCUUUUUUAACUGUGACCUGAAUGUUUUGGGGCUUUGGAUCUUCUUCUGUCACCAAGUUGGAGUAAAGUUUGAUUCUUUCAGCUGAAUAUGUUUCAUGAACUGUAAAGACACAUUAAGAGUUUGAUGGUUUUUUUUAUCCCAAUUGAGUUUGAGUUCAAACUUUGUAAAUACUGAUUUUGUUCACAAUAUCAAGAAGAGUUUUGAUUCAGUUUUUAUUAGUUCACUUUGUUUGAAUUUAUGGAUUUAUUUUGGUUUACUUGUCAUUGUUUACAGAAAUAUUUUGCUUAUGAUGAAAGUUUUUCCUUUUUUUUCAGCACAUUACUUUUUUCGUAUCUGUUAGAACAGGAAAGAGCUUCACAUUUUGAUCUAAUAUUCAUGAAAAGAUUUUAAGCUUUUGUCGACUUCAUACAAAUUAUAA